CGACGCCAGCAGGCAUCAAGUUCACACGACACAAUCGCUAUUCACUCCGGACUCCUCGACCCAGACAUCGACGCGAACCUCCCUUGGAGACUACAUCGCAGGCUUAUAGCGCCAACGAUAGCAGCACCCUGAGGAAGCACCAACUCCUGCAGCCAUGUCCGGCGCCGGGUAUGAUGCAGUGGUAGACAUCGACGACGAGGGUGACCUCGGCCACACCGACCUCCAGGAAGACCUCGAAUUCCACACCUCCAACUUCAGCGACAACCAGCCGGGAGCCCGCAAGGGACCCUCUGCCUCCGCCGGCCUCCCGCUGCCUGCCACGGCGUCCGGCUCAUCAAAGCGCUUCCUGUGGAGUCUUUCAUUCUACGCGCAAUUCUUCGACGUUGACACGAGCUCGGUGCUCUCGAGAUGCUGGGCGGCGCUUUACCCGCGCGCCAACUUUCUUGAUGUCCUCGAGGGCAACCCUGACCUGUACGGCCCGUUCUGGAUCGCGACGACGGUAGUUUUCAUCCUCUUCAUGGGCGGCACGAUCAGCCAGUACAUGGCCAAGACGGGACAGGGUCCAUUUGUGUACGACUUUGAGCUUCUGAGUGGUGCUGCCGGCCUCAUCUACGGCUACACACUGGUCAUCCCGAUCCUGCUCUUCGGCGCACUGCGCUACUUCGGCUCCGAGUCGGCGAACCUGCUCGAGUGCUGGGCGCUCUACGGCUACGCCAACCUCAUCUGGAUCCCCGUGGCCUGCAUCAGCUGGUCCUCGAUACAGAUCCUCAACUGGGUCUUUGUCAGCGUCGGCUUCGGCCUGUCUGUCACCUUUCUGCUGCGCAACCUGUAUCCGGUGCUCAGCGCCACCGACCGCCAGACCAGCAAGAUCCUCCUCGUGCUCGUCAUCGCCCUGCACCUGGGCCUGUCGGUCGCCAUCAAGAUCCUCUUCUUUGCGUCGGGCAGCCCGGUCGCGGACAACCCGAACCCGGCUGGCGAUGCGCCACCGCCCCCGGCGGGGGACGCGGCGGGUCGGAUGCUGUUCUGAAGGGUGGGCUAUAUUACGAGGCUCUGAGGUUUUUCCAUGACUUUGCAUGUGGGGUGGGGAAGUUUUAGUGCAAGGACGGAACGGCUCAUGGGACGGGCGUGCGGUACAAGUCUGCCGUGCUCCGUCCUCGAGGACAGGUGCAUGGCGGCGGGAGCAGCCGCGUUUCUAGAGAAUACACAACAAUUAUCUCGCCUGCUUUUAUUGCUGGGAACUAU